UUUUUAGCUGCCCAGUGCCUUCCAAAAUGGCCCCCUUCAAAUCCCAACUUCAAGUUCAAGUUCGUGGUACCACCAAAUGUUGAAACAGCUGAAGCCCAAGGCUGCUGAUCCAAGAUACCGUAGAUCAGCUUGUGGAAAGCGCCGUUUGUUUUGUUCUACGGUGCAAAAAGGACCCAUCUGCUCAGAAGGUUCGAGCCUCAGACUCAGAGUCGGCGGCUGGUGUCUUGUUACAGACUUUAUUGCAUCAGCGGCGCAGCGCAAAGUCGACCUGCUAUCGUUUGGACCUAGUACGUGGGAUUGAGGAGCCAGGAGAAACAGGAUUAACCAGUUGGCUACUCGGAUCAACAGCAAAGGACCUCCUCUGUGAAGGCUGAUCGCAUGGUCGAAGGAUGAGAACCAUCUCCUUGCAGAAGGCAACGCAAGGGUUUGGAGGCGCAAGAAGAUUCUUGUUCUAUAGUUAGCUGCUGCAGUCUGAGUUCAGCAGAGUGUCAAGUCUUGUGAGCAGAUAACUGACCAGCUGGAAGGUCUGGAGUCUCACGGAGGGUUUGAGCUGCAAACUGUCUUGAGAACCGGAAUUGAAGCAAAGCCAAGCUGAAGAGAUGAAGUCAUUCAAGAAGAUACUGAGCAGAAAGGUCAAGGGAGGCCCGACUGCCAUAGCCCCCACCGCAGCACAAGGCGACUCAAAGGGCUUGACGCCGAUUGACGCCCCUCCAAGCCCAAAGUCAGUAAUGGACAUUGCAAGUGUAAGCAGCAUGUCGUCGGUGGACGGUCUCGCACCCAGCACUGGCGGCGGGAGCCCUGAGGCAUCCCCCAGCGAAGCCGACCGCUACAAGGACGCCUUUUCCUACGUUGGGGGGCAGCACCUAACGGAGAUUCCUGCCCCCCCCAAGUACGAGCACGACUUCUCGUACGUCGGAGGGGGGUACUUGCCAGCAAAGACGAGCGACGCCCCUCCCGCGGCCAAGUACGCGGACGCGUUUUCGUACGUCGGAGGGGGGUAUCUUCCGCCCAAGACGAGCCCCCCCGCCGCAGCGAGCAAGUACGAGCACGCCUUUUCUUACGUCGGGGGGGGGUACUUGCAACCGAAGAAGAGCGAGGCUGUCCCCCCCAGCAAGUAUGCGGACGCGUUUUCGUACGUUGGGGGGCAGCAUUUGAAGGCAACCUCGGAGGGGGGAGCGGAUCCAGGGGAAAGAUAUAAGGACGCGUUUUCGUACCAGGGGGUUCAGGGGCUGAGGCCGGAGGCGACCGGAAGCGUAGCGGCGGACCCCCCAAAAAAGAACGAGCACGCGUUCUCGUACCAGGGGGGCCAAUUCCUGACGAAAGCGCAGUCUAGCCCUCCCCCUGCCAGCAAGUACGAGCACGCUUUUUCGUACCAGGGGGGUCAGUUUCUGAAGAAAGCGGAGUCCAGCCCACCCCCUGCCAGCAAAUACGAGCACGCGUUUUCGUAUCAGGGGGGCCAGUUCCUGCAGAAAACCGAGUCCAGCCCACCCCCUGCCAGCAAAUACGAACACGCGUUUUCGUAUCAGGGGGGCCAGUUCCUGCAGAAAGCCAAGCUCAGCCCUUUCCCCACAAGUAAGUACGAGCACGCAUUCUCGUACCAGGGGGGUCAGUUCCUGAAGAAAGUGGAGUCCAGCCCUUCCCCCUCAAGCAGAUACGAGCACGCGUUCUCGUACCAGGGGGGUCAGUUCCAGAAAAAAGCCGAGCCCAGCCCCCCCCCUGCUAACAAAUACGAGCACGCUUUCUCGUACCAGGGGGGCCAGUUCCUGCACAAAGCGGACCCCCGGCCGAGCGCAACCCGGAAAUACGACGAAGCCUUUUCGUACGUGGGGGGGCAGUACCUGAAGUCAGCAAAGGUCGCGCCGGAGGCCUCCGUGACGUCAGCGACGGACGGGGGAGUGGGUUCUCGCUACGAACAUGCGUUCUCGUAUGUUGGACGGCAGUCUUUUCCCGCCAAGAAGCCGGAAGCGAAGCCAUACGCCGACGCCUUCUCAUACGUGGGGGGGUCGUUUCGCGGCCAAGCGGCAGCGGCGGGAGUUACUGUAGCGGAGGCCAACACUCCCACUCCGAGCAAGUAUGAGCACGCCUUUUCGUACCAGGGGGGGCAAUACCUCAAGGACAAGGCAGCGAGCAGCCCCCCCGCGGCAAAGUACGAGCACGCCUUUUCGUACCAAGGGGGUCAAUACCUAAAGGAGAAGGCAGCGAGCAGCCCCCCCGCGGCGAAGUACGAGCACGCGUUUUCGUAUCAGGGGGGGCAAUACCUCAAGGACAAGGCAGCGAGCAGCCCCCCCGCGGCGAAGUACGAACACGCGUUUUCUUACCAGGGGGGUCAAUAUCUGAAGAAGGAAGCGGCUAGUUCUCCCCCUGCCGCCAAAUACGAGCACGCGUUUUCGUACCAGGGGGGGCAGUUCCUGAAGAAAGGCACCCCGAGCAGCCCCCCCGCAGCCAAGUACGAGCACGCGUUUUCGUACCAGGGGGGUCAGUACCUGAAGAAGGAGGCAGCCAGCGACCCCCCGGCCAAGUAUGAGCACGCGUUCUCUUACGUGGGGUUAUUGCCUCCCAUAGACGAAGUGCCCAGCACGACAGGCAAAACCGCUCCCCUCAUGAACGGACAGCACGAGGAGGAAGACAAAAAUAUCCAGGCGAAGGCUCCCGCCGCUUCCGUAGAAGCAGGCACGGAGUUUGGUAUGGAGAAGCAAGGUCCUGGGGUUGUUGAACCGGGCACGGAGUCGCUCAAGGACGUGGAGGUGACGUUGGCCAGGGUUCGCACCAAAGCCGCGGCGGUGAAAGAAACUGUCGGUGGCGCGCGAAAAAAGAAGGCGUCCUGUGGGUGCUUCGGCUAGGCAAUCGGGACAGACGAGUCUGUAAAACUAGGUGUGGAAGGUUCCGGGGUCGGGAAAGGGGAGCUUAGGUUCGACGCGCAUAUUAUUCCAGCUUCCCCGCUGAUCGGGAAAGAAACCGGGUAAAGAAACCAAAACUGGAUAAUAAGCCGAUAAGAUACAAGUACGGUAGAAUAAAUGAUAUGGGUGGGUGUCGGCUUGCUUGUUUGAUUGCUAGAGCGGACGAGACAUGUCAUAUAUACAGCGGACCAGCUAUUAAACAAUACUGAUAGGUUGAACUUGACCCGCUUUUGUUCUUUAUUAAACUUCGCGUUUUGUCCAACACU